AUGCCCACCGUUUAUAAAAAAAAAAGUAAUUCUAGUCGGGGUUCUUGGUCGGAACAUUCUUUAAAGACCGCAAUUAAUGACAUUAAAGCAAAGUUGAUGUCAAUUAACUUUGCAGCAAAGAUUUAUAACGUUCCAGCCACAACUCUAAGGCGACAUUUGAAAAAUGCUUCUGCGAAUAAGCAAUUGGGUGCUUCCGCGUGUUUGGGAGCAGAAAUUGAGACAAAAAUAUGCAAUCAUAUAAAGAAGCUGCAGGCUCACGGAUUCGCUCCAACGCGAGAAUCAGUUUGCAAGAUGGCAUAUAGUAUUGCGGAACAAUACAAUAUCCCGCAUAGAUUCUCAAAAGACCUGAAGAAAGCAGGUAGGGGUUGGUUGGAGCUCUUUUUAAACCGACAUCCAGAUUUAGCGAUACGAAAGGCUGAAGGAGUUUCCCAAGCACGGGUUCUUGGUAUGAAUCGGCAGGAAGUGGCAACCUACUUUGACCUUCUUGAAAAAAUUCUCAUCGAAAACAACCUAAUGGGCAAGGCUCGAAAUAUUUUUAAUAUGGACGAGACCGGGUGCCAGCUGAAUAAUAAACCAGAACUAGUUGUGGCCGAAAAGGGGUCAAAAAAUGUUGCAGCAAUAACAUCAGCUGAAAAAGGGGAGACAAUUACAGUGAUUGCAUGCUGUAAUGCGGAGGGAAAUUUCCUACCACCAGUUUGUGUGUUUAAGGGCAAAAACAAAAAGCCAGAAUUCGAGGAUGGUAUGCCACCAGGCUCAGUUGUAUACAUGGGAGAGAAGUCAGCAUACGUGACAAGUGAAUUAUUUUUUCUUUGGCUAAAAGAGCAUUUUGUGCCCAGAAAACCAAUGGGUAAAGUGCUUCUCAUUUUAGAUGGACACUCAUCUCACUGCAGCAACAGUGAAAUGUUGGAGUAUGCUGCUGUAAAUGAUAUUGUGCUCUUGUGUCUUCCUCCGCACUCAACACAAUUCCUUCAGCCGUUGGAUCGAGCUUUUUUUCGUUCUUUGAAGGCACACUACAACACAGCAUGUAACACCUUUUUAAAAAACAAUCCUUCUCGAAAAAUAACCAGGCUUCAGUUCGGAAAACUGCUCUACGAAGCAUGGAGUUCCUCUGCUACUACAAGUAAUGGAAUUUCUGCUUUUACAGCUACCGGGAUUUGUCCGUUUAAUCCUAGUGCUAUUCCUGACUAUGCAUUUAUUCAUGUAAAUGAAGAAGUUAGCUUAAUUGAACAGCCAAUCAUCCGUGAAUCAACUCCAGAGCAGUCCUCAAGCCCACAACCACAACAAAAUCCUCAACAGCAACAAAAUAUCCAGCAGGAACAGGCUAGCAUUGAAGACCAAAGCGGUAUAACUCCAAGCAAGGCGCUUGCUAUUAUAUCACCAAUUCCAUCAACGUCAAGGUCAACACGAGUCAAUACAAGAAAGCAAAAAGCUCGAGUCCUUAACACAGAAGAGAACAUCAAAACUCAAAAAAUGAAGAAAAAAAAGAUGCAAGAAUUGAAAGAGAAAAAACAGAGAGCAAGGCAACGAAAAGAUUCGACGUCAUCUGAGGGUACGAUAUCAUUGCAUGAAUUUUCUGAUGGACCUGAAGACUUCGGCGAGAAUACCUGCGUGGGCUGUGGUGAAGACUAUAGUUCCACCCGAAAAAAAGACGACUGGUUGCAGUGUAUUAUGUGCCAUAGAUGGGUACAUGAUUCCUGCACAUCAUUCAACCACAUGUGCAAUGAAUGUGGUAAUAAGAACAUGAAAUAAGCUCAUGCACCAUCUCACCCACCAGGGUAUGCCAUCUCACCCACCCUAUAGGGGGAGAUGGUUUUUUUUAAACUUUUUUCUUUUGUUAAA